CUCAUUCACCUCAUUUAUUUUCACAAACACCAUAGAACACAAAAAUGAACAAAAUAAUUCUAAAUAAAAAAGAAAUAAUACACGUUUAUGCGUGACAAAUUCUAGAUUUCAUCUCGCUGAUAGUAAAUUAGGUCCGUUCAUAAGAAAGGAGAUGGCGUAGACUUCGCGUAGAGAAGUGUAGAACACCAUGGCGUCGUUGUAUCGAUAUAAAAGGUAACACAGCUGUUUCCUUCAACGUGGUGUUGAAAGUGCCAAGCGGAGAUACCACGCUUGUCAUUCAAAGUCACUCUCAGUAUCACUCCAGUUGAGUUUUGGUGCGUUUCAUUUGACGUCGUUUCAGCAAUGGAGAGUUUGCCGUUUCACGAUGGCAACAUCUAUAAUUUUCUUGACAGUAGGCUCACCGACGCUCGCUACAAGCAGAAAUUAGGUCAUUACCCAAAGAAGUAAUCGUCUAGGAUAUUUUCAAAAAAAGAAAUUGCAAAUAGGAUAUGUUAUGCUGUCUGAGAGGUGCCCUGUGAUGACUUUACUCCAACAAGUGUCUAAAAACAUUUGCAAAUGCAUUUAGUACGGUGAUUCCGUGGUAAGAAGCUUUAGUGGUCUCUUGGUGCCACAGCUACAGAUUACUGCCUCCUGCAGCCUUUGUAGUCUUCUCUUUUCUUUUCCUGUGGUGUCUUGCAAAAAUUGGCCCUUCUCUCGGUGGUUAGGAUGCUAAUCAUAGAAUGCAAAUGCACUCAUCGUUGCUACAGAGGCUUUCACAGGAAAGAGAAUUGGAGGGGCAUCAGGGUUGUGUGAAUGCUAUCUCCUGGAAUUCAACUGGUUCACUUCUGAUAUCUGGGUCAGAUGACACACAGAUCAACAUUUGGAGCUAUUCUAGUCGAAAGCUUUUGCAUUCCAUUGAGACUGGGCAUUCUGCAAACAUAUUCUGCACAAAAUUUAUGCCUGAAACUUCUGAUGAGCUUGUGGUUUCUGGGGCUGGAGAUGCAGAAGUUCGGCUGUUCAAUCUUUCUCGAUUUAGAGGGAGAGGCCUUGAUGAUAAUGCCAUUCCUCCAUCAGCUCUGUAUCAGUGUCACACCAGAAGAGUAAAAAAAUUAGCUGUUGAAGUUGGAAACCCACAUGUGGUUUGGAGUGCAAGUGAAGAUGGGACUUUGAGACAGCAUGAUUUUCGGGAGGGUGCUUCUUGCCCUCCUGCUGGAUCUUCUCGUCAAGAAUGUUGUAAUGUUCUGCUUGAUCUACGUUGUGGGGCAAAGAGGUCUCUCAUUGAUCCCCCUAAACAAACUCUUGUUUUGAAGUCUUGUGAUAUUAGUUCCACUAGGCCUCAUUUACUCCUGGUUGGUGGUAGCGAUGCAUUUGCUCGUUUAUAUGACAGAAGGAUGCUCCCUCCAUUAACUUCCUGUCAAAAAAGAAUGUCACCACCACCUUGUGUCAACUAUUUCUGCCCUAUGCAUCUUUCUGAACGUGGUCGUUCAAACUUGCACCUGACACAUGUUACUUUUAGUCCAAAUGGAGAGGAAGUUCUCCUCAGUUAUAGUGGAGAGCAUGUAUAUCUUAUGGAUGUAAAUCACGUUUUUAGGAGUGUGACGCGAUAUACUGCAGGAGAUGCUUCAAAAAUGAUGAGUUUCGUGCCUGCACUUGAUAGGGUUGAAUUGCAUCCACCAAUAUCUGAUUGCAAUGGUCUUGCUGCCAGAAUUGAAAAGUGCAGGAUGUUAGUUGAAAUUGCUGGAAAUUACUUAGAGGAAGGGACAAAUCCUUGUUAUGGAGUUGAGGCAUGCAAUGAAGUUUUGGAAGGGCAUGGUACUGAAAUUGGGUCCAAGCUGAGGCAUGAAUGUCUUUGCACACGUGCUGCCUUAUUGCUUAAGCGGAAGUGGAAAAAUGAUGCCUAUAUUGCUGUAAAAGAUUGCUACAAUGCUCGGAGAAUUGAUAAUGCUUCCUUCAGAGCUCACUUCUAUAUGUCAGAAGCUCUAGAGCAGUUGUCCAAAUAUCAAGUAGCUUUAGAAUUUGCUCUUGCUGCCCAAUAUCUGGAUCCAUCCAACUCUAGUGUGGCAGAAAAGGUGGAGAGCUUACAGAAGCAUAUUGCUGCAGGAAAAAAUAUUGAGGCAAAUGAUGGAGCGUCAAGGCCUGGACCUCGAUGUGGAAGAGUGCUUUCAUUGGGUGAUAUACUCCACCAGUCAGAGGCUAAUAGUGAUGCUUCUCUAUAUGGUCUAAGGUCUGAAAGAGAAGAUUCUGAUUAUGAUGAAGAAUUGGAGGUGGAUUUUGAAACAUCAAUAUCAGGUGAUGAAUGGCAUGAUGCUGAAUUCAAUGUUCUACAUGGAAGUUUCAAUCUGAGAAUCCAUCGAAGAGGUGGAUCCACUAAAGAAAUUGGUGGAAAUGGUUCCUGUGGUUCCCCUGCUUCAUCAUCUCAAAAUGGUUGGACACAUUACCAGCCUGAGGCAGCUGUUGAUAUGAAACGUAGAUUUGUUGGCCACUGUAAUGUUGGAACUGAUAUUAAGCAAGCCAGUUUUCUUGGUCAACGAGGUGAUUAUAUUGCAAGUGGGAGUGAUGAUGGUAGAUGGUUUAUCUGGGAAAAGCAAACUGGCAGAUUGAUUAAAAUGCUUGUUGGAGAUGGUUCUGUUGUGAACUGUGUGCAGUGCCAUCCCUUUGAUUCUGUUGUGGCAACCAGCGGGAUUGAUAGCACAAUAAAGAUAUGGACUCCUAGUGCUUCUGUUCCCUCAAUUGCUGGUGGAGGAGCAGCAGGACCAGAAACGGCUGAUGUAUUGGAAGCCAUUGAAAGCAAUCAACGAAAAUUGUGUCAUAGUCAUGAACCAAUCCUGCCCUUUGAAUUUCUUGAGCGGUUUCGAAUGCAUGAAUUUUCUGAAGGAUCCUUGCAUCCAUUUGAGUGCACUCAGAGCUAAUCAAUGAAGUCCAUAGAUCAGAGGCUGACAGGCCUCAUCAUUUGAACCAUAACUGAAGCUAUAGAUCACUGGCUAUGCAAUAGUCUGUAAUGGCGUAUGGGUUCUUAAAAACUACUUGUAAAUUGAAUAAAGCACAUCUUGAGCCCCUUAAUCUACUAUAAAUCUUCUUGGUUAGUUUUGUAUUUUAAUUGUUCAUCUGUUUUAUAUAGUUGAAAAUAUCACUGUAUAUACUAGGAUUCAUCUCAUUUGGUGUACAUGUCAAUAUAUUCAUUUGUUUCGUCGCA